GCAAAAAAGAGUGCGUCAAACCCGUUUUUCCAGAUAAGCCAGGCACAUGCCCCACUCCACCUGAUGACCGAUCAGACUGUCUCUCUCCCACCGACGAGUGCUCAGUUGAUCGUGAUUGUGACGACAACAUGAAAUGUUGUGAUCGGCCAUGUGGACGUGUUUGCGUUGAACCAGAGAUAAAAGAAAAGAAGUGCAAAGCUAUUGUGGAUCUGGCGUUUGUUGUCGACUCUUCUGGAAGUAUUAGUCGACGUAACUGGAAGCUGCUACUUGCUUUCCUCAAGGAUGCAAUUUCAUCGUUGGACGUGUCCCCGAAGGGGUCUCACGUUGCCUCUGUAUCCUACUCAUCAUAUCCAAAGGUUGAUUUCAGAUUCAACACUCUGCCAAAUGACAAACUAAAUGCAGAAGAAUUGCACAAGCUUGUUAACACAAUAAGACAUCAAAGAGGAUUCACUUAUAUCGAUAGGGCAAUGAAACUUGCCAACGAGGAAAUAUUUAGCGACAAAGGGGGAAUGAGACAGGCGGUUAGAAAGGUUUGCUUUGUGUUAACGGAUGGUGCGCAAACCACAAAUGGCAAAAAAGGUCCUUACGUUCCUCUUGAUAUCGCCUCUAAACCACUUAAAGAUAAAGGAAUAGAAGUGUGGUCCAUUGGUGUUGGAAAGAAUGCUCAGAGAGUUGAAUUGGAAACAAUAGCUUCCGAUCCUGGAAAAGUACUUACAGUGAAGAGUUUCAAAGAGUUGAAGAGCAUAUUGACCGAGAUAAAGAAGGCAGCAUGUGAAGAUAAGAAGGAGACUAAGUGUCAGAGGGAAUUCGUUGCCGCCACAAAAGAUACCGCCCCUGGCAGAUUUGUUCCAAGGUGCAAACUAGACGGCAGCUAUGCGGAUGUACAAUGCCGUGGAUCCGUCUGCUAUUGUGUGGAUAAAGAUGGCAAUGAAAUAGUUGGGACAAGGACACCUCUUGCUUCGGGCAAACCAAACUGUACAGCACCAUAUAAGCUGACUCCUUGUCAAGAAGCAUACAGAAAAGCAAUUCAAAAUCCAAAAGUUGGAGGCUACGUUCCGCGUUGUAAAGAUGAUGGCGAAUAUCAGGGGCUGCAGUGCAGUGGAGCAUUUAGUCAAUGCUGGUGUGUUGAUAGCAAUGGGAAAGAAAUAUCGGGAACAAGAACAACCUUAAAUCUUCAGUGUCCUGAUCCAGCAACUCAACCUAAAUACACUGACUGUCAGAGACGUUACAUGGAGCUGUCCAGAAACCCAGUUCAAGGUCGGUAUAUCCCCUGGUGUCGGUCUGACGGUGGAUUUAACUGGCGUCAAUGUUAUGGCGAUCACUGCUUUUGUGUCGAUCAAUAUGGACAAGAACUGUCGAAUACACGCGUCCACAGCAGCAAUGGGUUACCGAAAUGUUCAAAAGAAGGAGGAUUGCUGACUCCAUGCCAGCUUAAAGCUCUCCCAACCUACAUCGGUGCACCAGGUGUCGCUUUUCGUUGUAGGAGAGAUGGCAGUUUCGAGGGGGUUCAGUGUGAGAGGAAUGGCGUCUACUGCUGGUGUGUCGAUGAGAAUGGGAACGAGAUACCUGGGACUAGAAGUAGGAAUGCGAUUAGAUGCCCGAGAAGAGGAGCUCCACUGACCUCUUGUUGGAGAGCGUAUCAAGAUGCCCUAAGGAGUUAUACCAUUGAUAAGUUCAUUCCUUGGUGCCGCCCAGAUGGUUCAUACAGCCCUGUGCAGUGCUACCGCUCCUAUUGCUAUUGUGUGAAUAAGGAUGGUCAGGAGAUCAGUGAUACAAGAACAUUUACUGUAACUGGAAAACCGAAGUGUACAUAUACAAGUGGCUACCGUAAACCCUGCCAAAGAAGGUAUUGGGAAGCCGUUAGAAGUGGCGCACCUUCCGAUUACAUUCCGAGGUGCUGGAGUGAGGGAAAUUAUGAACCAAUGCAAUGCAACAGACAGAGCUGUUGGUGUGUUGAACUUGAUGGAACUGAGAUUCCUAACACAAGAUCAAGAGGAACAGUUACUUGCCCUCCAUAUGAUAGAAGGCCGCUGGACUUUGGCUUCUUGGUAGAUUCUUCUCCGGACAUCAGCAGGGAAAACUGGCAACGGAUCUUGUGGUAUAUGCGUAAUGUUGUCGACAGACUCAGUUCCAUCAACCACGGUUCUUAUGGAACAAGAGUGGGAGUCGUUAGUUACGCCUCAGUUACCCGCCUGCACUUUGACUUUAACUUCCUCCACGGUUUUAGUCUAAAUAAAGAACGAGUGAAAGCACAUAUCAACUCGCUUCCUCGUCAACCUGGUAAUGAUAGAAGGCUUGGUGGCGCAAUAGAUUUUACAAGAAGGAACCUUUUCAGUCGUAAGGGUGGAGCACGUCCCAACUCCAGGAGGAUUCUUUUGAUUAUUACAGCCGGACCUCAGGCUGCAGGCUCCAGCUUUGCAUCUGCUGCAACACAGCUCAAGAAAGAGGGUGUUCAGAUCUACUCAGUAGGAGUUGGCUCACGUUAUAAGCAGGAAGAAGUUUUGUUUCUGGCUUCGUACGCAGAUUAUGUUCGCCCAUACAGCUUCAGUGAACUUCCCAGACGCUACUUCAAUCCAGAUUACCAAAUAGAUCUGGGUUUUAUCGUGGACUCAUCAGUGGACUGGAAGAGUUACACCAAGGCAGUCGCCUAUGCCUUUAACAUUUCUCCUGGUAACACUCGUGUUGGUUUCAUUGUCUUCGGUAACUAUGCUAAGAUAGCUUUUCCAUUUGAUGCAGACUACACCUGGGCAGGCGUAAGGCAACUCAUAGAUGGUAUACAAGUGUCAGAUAGCAAGGAAAAGAGAAUUGACCUUGCCUUGCAGAUGGCAUAUAAAGACUUGUUUACCUCUCGGAAUGGAGCCAGAUCUGGUGCAAGAAAGGUCCUCAUCGUGAUAUCUGGUGGAAUCUGGAAUGUCUACUAUCGUCCUGCCUGGCGGUCUGCAGCAGCACAGCUUAGAAGCAGUGGGGUUGAUGUCUACAUCACAGGGGUCAUUCCACAAGCUGCUGCUUCUUAUUUCCGUGACAUAACAGGAAGCCGGCCUCCGUUUUCAACGAAAGCUUACGUAGCCUCAGAGCAAGGAGCGAUGGACUAUUACCAAGUGAUAAGAAACAUUGUGUUUGGAGCGAGACCUCGUCAAAUCGACCUUGGCUUUGUAGUGGACUCUUCAGAUAGUGUUGGUUGGUCAAACAUGCAGCGUUUCAUAUCAUCCAUGGUAGAAUCGUUUGAUAUUUCGGAAGAAAGAGUUCAUGUAGGGUUCAUCGUUUUCAGUGACAGAGCGGUACUCUCGUUCGGAUUUAAUGAGCUCCAGGGAUCUUCUUACACCCUCAGUGGUAUCAGGCAGUUGAUAAACAGAGUAUCUCGACUUGGAGGAAGUGAAAGAAGAGUUGACCUCGCAUUGAAUACAGCCUACAGAGAUCUUUUCAGCGAUGUAGGUGGAACCAGAGUGACUGCCAGAAAGGUGCUUGUCCUUCUAACAGGGGGUGACUGGGAUCCGCAGUAUGAAUCACAAUGGAAGUCUUACGCCGAAAACUUAAGGAAUGUGCCGGUCAACAUGUACUCUUUCUCUUUUGGUUCGGUUCCAACGCAAGCUCAACUUCAGCAAGUGAUUCCUUACAAUCGUGAUGUGUUUAGGGUCAGUUCGUAUGAUGCAAUGGGCAGCAGACCAUCUGACUUAGUUAACGCCAUCCGUGGAGUGUAUGCUGACGAACCUGUGGACAUUGCUUUUUUGGCUGAUUCAACCUCGGCGGUUAACUGGGAUCUAACCCGCUCUUUUGUAAAGAACAUCAUCGAUUCAAUGGACAUCUCAGAGCAAAAGGGACAUGUAGGAUUUAUUUCGUACGCCAGCAAAGCAUCUCUUGGAUUUGACUUUCGCGGUCAUGGUAAUGUGGGCUACACGAAAUCUGGAGCAACCCAGCUGAUUGAUGCAAUUACACAGCUAGGAGGAGACGACAGGGUUAUUAACCAGGGUCUUGACAUGGCCACGUACAUGUUUAGCCCUAGAGCAGGUGCAAGAGACAAAUCAAGAAAGAUUCUUAUCGUGAUAUCUGGUGGUUCGUGGAAAACUGACAGCGAUUUAAAAACAUACAGAGAUAGGGUACUUUUGGGCCUGAAGGGCAGUAAUAUUGAGAUAUACACAGUAGGCGUGGGACCAGAUACCACUGCUUCACAAGUGCGUCCAUUUUCAUAUGGAAGAAGAUAUUGGUUCCUCUCUGACUCAUAUGACGAUCUACAGAACGUUGCACCAAGACUGAUACGAUCGAUCCGAGGACAGUACACCCCUCCGAUGGACCUUGCGCUAUUGGUAGACUCAUCCUCAGCUGUUGAUUGGAGCGGAAUGCAGGGUUUACUGAAAGGUUAUGUUGGAACAAGACGAAUCUCAUUCGAUGGUGACCACGUUGGUAUUGUGUAUUUUGCGUCAUCCGGUCAAGUUGCUUUGCCGUUUCCUACCUCUAGGGACUACAACAGGACUACUGUUUUUAAGGCAAUUGAUGACCUCAAGCAGCAAGGAGGAGUUGAUAGAAGAAUUGACCUUGGACUUCAGACUGUUGCUAAUGACCUGUUUGGGCCCCAGAAAGGGGCCAGGAGAGAUGCCGAUCAGGUCCUCGUCGUCUUUACAGCUGGUGACUGGCCCUCUCAAUACAGAAGUGAUUGGGAAAAAACAGCUACUUCUCUCCAACAAAGAGGAAUAGCUAUUUACGCUUAUGGUAUUAAACCAGCAGCUCAACAGAAACAACUUGAGAGCAUUACAAGAGACAAAUUUAUGCUUGAUGGCUACGGUGCUCUUACACCUAUUCCCACGGGAGUCACAGAUGCUCCUCGAGGGAUGGACAUAGGCUUUGUGAUAGACGCAUCUGACUCAGUAGACUGGAACAGCAUGUUAAACUACGUACGAUUCUUAGUUGAGCGCCUCUACAGAAUCGCUGGCUCCAACGUCCGUUUUGGAAUAAUUACAUAUGCUGACACUGCUAUAAUUAGGUUGCCUUUGGGUGACUCUGGAAACCCUGAGAACCGGAUCCUCAGCACAAUUCAGGUCAUUGGCCUAAAUAAAGGACAUACAGGAUCAAGUGCAGGUUUCAUUUCAGCAAUGCAGAUGGUUCCAGGUUUCUUUUCGCUUAAAAAGGGCGGAAGAAUGGGAGUGAGACAGAUAUUGAUUGUUCUAUCAACUUCACCUUGGCGAAAUCAACAAAGUUUAGACUGGUUGCAGAGUGUUAAGACAGCGAGAAAUGAAGGAAUUGAAGUUUACUCUGUUGGGACAGUUCCAUCCCGAGGACUGCCACAGUUGGCCUCUAUCGUGCGUAACCCUGUAAGAGAUGUUAUCGUCUUAAACUCCUCGUAUGAUGUCCAGGAUGAAGCAUCACGGACACUUUUGAAUGAUAUAUUCCGAGGUCCCUUACCACCACGAGAAAAAGAAGUAGACUGGGCAUAUGUGGUUGACUCGUCUGAUUCAGUGGACUGGCCUUCCUGGCGAAAGUACAUUUUGGACAAUGCACUGAGGUAUUUCAAAGUAUCAGAGGACAAGUACAAAGUCGGUCUUAUUACCUACAGUGAUGAAGCGAGGAUUGCUGUCCCGUUCAAUGCAAGAGAACCAUGGGAUGUCCAAAUAAACAGAACACCAAAACAAGGCGGAUCUGGAAGAAGGGUUGAUCUCGCAUUUCUGCGAACCAGAGAUCUCUUUACAUCCCAGUUCGGAGCUAGGAACGGAGCUAGGAAGGUUUUGGUAUUCUUUACAAGUGGUCCAUGGCCAUCCCAGUACAGAGACACCUGGAAACCCAUAGCGAGGCAACUACAAAAAGAGGGAGUUGAGAUUUAUGCUGUUGGGAUCGGUUCAUCUGUUGACGAACGUCAGUUGAAUGAUAUGACAGAGAAAACCUAUAAAGGAAAUGAUCUCCCUUCUAUCACACCUGAUCUGGACUAUGGCACAAGAACAGGCGAACCAGGCAAGAAAUUGACAGAGUGUCAACGACGCUAUGACAAUGCUAUCCGCCGUUAUACUCCUCAUGCGAUGAUACCUCAAUGUAGACCUGAUGGAAGUUUCCUUCCCAGGCAGUGCGACAUAUCAUACUGCUAUUGUGUUGACGAGAAUGGAGACGAAAGACCGAACACUCGCCUGAAUGUCAGAUAUGGAAAACCUUCGUGCGAUGAAACGGGAAUAAAACCUACAGCUUGCCAGGCACAGCAAAUUAGGUCUCAAGGAUUCAUGAUGCGUGGCCCCGAAUGUAAACCGGACGGAAAAUUUGAAGAAGUGCAAUGCAAGUCAUUGACUAAGGAAUGCUGGUGCGUUGAUGCCUCUGGCUUAGAGAGGACCGGGUCUAGAACUACCAAGUAUCUUAGAUGUCCUCAAGCUGGGAAAUCAGCAACGUCAUGUGAGAAACGCUAUCAACGGAGGGAUCCUUCGGAAUUCAUACCACGUUGCACACCAGAUGGAAGUUUUGAAAAGACACAGUGUAAAGAUCGUCAAUGUUUCUGUGUGAAUGCAAAUGGUGACAAGAUUGAUCAAAGUAAUGUUUUGUUAACCAAUGGAAUGCCAUACUGCAGAGCCCCAAGGCCAGUUGGCAACAGAGCCUUAGAUGUGGGGAUCAUUCUUGACCAGACCUUGGCUCUUAAAGCCGACGAAUGGAAGGAUGUGCUUACUUUCCUGAAAAAAAUAGUUAACGGACUUGGCGUCUCGUCGGCACUUGAUGGCACAAGAGUUGGAUUAAUGCGUUUCUCGUCUAGACCAUAUAUGUCUCUGUACUUCAACACAAUUAGAGACGAUAUCCUAUCACCUAGCACUGUGAACAAGUUUAUUGACCCAAUACAACAAAUUCAAGGUGACAGGCGUAUCGACCUGGCUCUUCAGAAGGCCGCGAGGGACCUGUUCACUAACAGGGGAGGGUCGCGUUAUAAUGCCAAAAAGGUUGCGCUGUUAUUUACCACAGGCCCCCAGUCGACCCAACAACCACUAAAUACACCGUUAGCAGACGCUGCAUCCCAACUAAAAAAUGUUGAUGUAGACGUAUUUGCGAUCGGUUAUGGGACGAGUGUUAAGCAAUCGGAGCUGGAGGCUAUAGCAUCAAGACCUUCCUAUGUAUUCAUGUCCCAAAGCGCUAGCCUACCUAUUAUCUCAUCGCAGGUUAUUGGACGGAUAGUUCAAGGACGUACUCCUUCACUAGACGUUGCUUUCCUGGCGGAUUCUACAGCUGGUGUCAACUGGCAAAAGACCCUUAAUGCUAUCUCAAAUAUUAUCUAUAGUUUCGAUGUCUCUCAAAGUGGCACCCACAUUGGCUUUAUACCCUACAGCUCAUCGGCUCCUGUGGCAGUCUCCUUUCCAAAUCCUUAUGUCCGACCCUACAAUCCUACGACUGUCGUACAGAGUAUCAACAGGGUUGCUCAGCAAGGAGGAUCGGAAAGACGGCUUGACCUUGCUUUCCAGGCUGCAAGUGAUGAAUUGUUCACCCCACAAAAUCGAUCUCGGCAGGCUGUAAAACGAGUAAUUAUUCUUUUUAUCAACGGCAAAUGGCCUUCUGAGGACAGUUGGACUUAUCUUCUCACCCAGCUGAAAAACACGGGUGUCGAGGUGUACGUGAUAACGUCAGAUCCUUCAGCAGAUACACCAGAUGCUUCAAGAGCCGCAAGUGGAGAGGACAACAUCUUUAGGACAAACUCUUACAGUGACGUUGAAGAUGUCGUCCCCAAAAUUUUACUUGCCGUUACUAAAGAUCCCGAAGUGACAAUGUGCCAGAGGUACAACAAUGGCAACGAUCAGUUUGUCAUUCCACAACGACCUGGAUCGAAAUGUACAGCUCAUGGAGCAUAUGAAGAAAUCCAGUGCGAUGACAAGUCCAACGAGUGUUGGUGUGUCGAUCGAAUUGGCUAUGAGAUAAUUGGUAGCCGAAGCACCGGGUCAAUCAAGUGUCCAACGAAAGGGGGAGGUCUUACACCUUGUCAAAAGGAAUUUUCGGAAAAGUCAAGAAACUGGCUUUUGAAAGGAAGGCAAUUACCACGAUGUCAACCUGAUGGUAACUACUCCAAAAAGCAGUGCUUCAAGUCAUUCUGUUACUGUGUCAACGAAGAUGGUGUUGAAAUUUAUGGUACAAGAAAGAAUAUAUCGGAAGGUGACGUCAUGUGUGGUCCUGAUCCAACUCUUACAAAGUGUCAGCAUCAGCGCGCUGAAUUUGCGUCGAACCCUGGUAGAUUAGGUUUCAUACCACGUUGCAAACCGAACGGAAACUAUGAAGCUGAACAGUGUCGAGGCUCUGUUUGUUACUGCGUGAAUAUCAACGGAAUUCGUAUUCCUGGAACAGAUGCUAGUAUUGGUCAAGGAAGACCUAAAUGUAAAGAUCCAGACGAUACCCUGACGAAAUGUGAAAGGCACGUACAGAAGGCUCUGAUAGGCGGCAGAAGCUACGUGCCAAGAUGCAAAAGAGAUGGAACUUAUGAAAAAGUGCAAUGUGAUGGAACAAAUAGCUUAUGUUGGUGCGUCGAUAAAGACGGUAAACGUGUCCCUCAGAUAGGACAAGAAGGUCGAGCCAGAUGUGUAGACCAAGAUUCCCUUACUCCUUGUCAGCGACAACAGCGAGACAGCUGGAGGAAUCCAGUACCUGGCCGUGCUGUUCCCUCGUGUGACCCAGAUGGUAGUUACAGCAAGGUGCAGUGCUUCCUUAGCACGUGUUACUGUGUCGACGAAAUCGGAAAUCAAAUCAGAGGCACCAGUGUUAAUUCACUGAGAGAUGGACUUCCAAAUUGUGAUGAUCCAGUUAAAUCACCUUCCCACUGCCAGAAAAAACAAGCAGAAGCUCAGUUGUCAUCCUCUCUAUCGCCUCAAGUCAUGUGCAAGCCUGACGGCUCUUACAGCGAUGUGCAGUGUGACAAGUCAACAGAGGAGUGUUGGUGUGUGAAUGGAAAAGGAAAAGAGAUUCUUGGAACAAGAAGCCUUGGAGUAGUGAAAUGCGCUGCAACAGCUCCUUUGUCGCCGUGUCAAGAUCGUAUUAAAAUAGCAGCUGGAGGAAAUUUAGCACUUUGGAAUCAUGUUCCUUACUGUCUUCCGAAUGGAGGUUUCCAAUAUGCGCAAUGCAACGCUCAGAAUGGAAACUGUUGGUGUGUUAAUAUAAAUGGACUUGAGUACACUGAGACACAGAGCAAGAAAAUACCAAACUGCGCCUUCACAGUUUGGUAUACGCCAUGCCAAGCGCAGAGACAGCAGGUACUUGGACCCACAGGUAUCGCCCCUCUAGGUGUCUUUGUUCCACAAUGUAAUGCCGAUGGAAGCUACAAUCAUACACAAUGCCAAAGUGGCGGGCCGCUUUGUUGGUGUGUUGAUGGAAAUGGAAAAGAAAUUACAGGCACUCGACAGCCUGGAAAUCCAAAUUGUGACAAACCAGGUGAUAUCGCUAGUAUACCUGUAGAACUUGGCUUCCUCUUUGAUGGUUCUGGACAAGUCACUGAGGCAGAUUUCAAUGCCCAAAUCGCCUUAGCCAAAGACAUUGCGGACACUUUUAAUAUUACGGAAGGACUUGCACAUAUUGGCGCCGCUGCAUACAGCCUUAACAGUAAAGUGCAAUUCACUUUCAUUAACCCUCUUGAUGGGCCAAAUCGGACUGCACAGGCAGUAAAUGAACUCCUUGAUAGAACAACUCAUGAUGGAGGAGCUGCAAGACUCGGUCAAGGGCUGAAAAUUGUCGAUUCCGAUUUAUUUAGCCCAAAAGGAGGGAGUGCUAAUGUUCCAAAGGUACUAGUGGUUUUUGUCGGAAGUUUUCAAACAAAGGACGGUAAGCAAAUUCCCCUGCCUGAUGCAGUUUCGGGGUUGAUCGCCAAAGGUGUAGAGAUUAUAUCAGUUGGUAUUGGAGAGAAUAUCGACCCAAAAGAAUUGCAGUCUAUCGCUACCGACCCAAAGAGUGUUUUCCAUCAAGAUGCGAUUGAUCAACUGAAGAGAGCUGUGAAAGAGGCGGCCCUUAAGAAACCACCCGUUCCAGAUGAUCUACCUCCAACGCCGUGUCAAUUAGAGGUUGAAAAGGCUCUCCAAACCCCCUACAGUUCUGAUCAAUUUGUUCCACGUUGUAAGAGGGAUGGAAGUUUUGAAGAUGUGCAGUGUUCUGAAAGCACAGAAGAGUGUUGGUGUGUAGAUAGCCUUGGCGUUGAACUACGCGGCACGAGGUCACAAGACAUCGUAACCUGUCCUGGAAUGGGAUCUGAUCUGACAAGAUGCCAACAGGAGUACAUGGAAGGCCGUUUUAGACCACUAUGUACUCCAGAGGGAGCCUAUGAAGAUGUACAAUGCCAAGGAACAGCUUGUUUCUGUGUGAAUGAAAGAGGCGAUGAGAUUGCACAGUCUCGGACAGAGCUUCCUGUCAAGCCGAAUUGCACAACGUCAGAUCAAGAACUCACAGUGUGCCAGCAUCAGUACAGUAGACAAACAAGCAACACUCCGCCAGUUGGAGCAUUAAUUCCUCGUUGCAAACCAGAUGGAAGUUAUGAAGAUGUUCAAUGCCGUGGAUCUGUCUGCUACUGUGUGGAUAGGAGAGGUAAAGAACUUCGAGGAACGGCAGUAAAUAUUGGGAUGGGUACUCCUCAGUGUAAAACUCCAGGUAAGAAUCUUACCUUGUGCCAACGACAAUACCAGGAGUACUGGAAAUAUCCCUCCAUGGGCCGGUAUGUUCCACGAUGUAAACCAGACGGUUCCUUUGAUAAAGUACAGUGCUAUGGCCCGUACUGCUUCUGCACAAAUCAAGACGGAAACAGAAGAGGUGGCAGUGUUAUACUGCAAUCGGUUACAAUGCCUUUUGGAAGUGACGAUUGUACUGAUAACGAACAAGUACUCACUCCUUGUCAAAAGAAGCAGGUCGAUUUCUUUACCUCUCCUCCAGCUGCUGGCAAAUACUUCCCCCGCUGCACCCCUGAGGGGUUGUAUGUUGAAGUGCAAUGUACCGUGCAGAAUGACGAGUGUUGGUGUGUUCAUGAAAAUGGCACAGAGAUUCCACAAAGCAGAACAAAGGGUCCCAUAAGGUGUCCAAAACCAGAUUCUGCCCCUACUUGUCCAGCAAAUCAGGUUCAAGAUACUGGUUAUUUUGCGCACUUUAUUCCGGAGUGUGAUGACGAUGGAGACUACAAGUCAGUACAGUGUGAUUACAGAUAUGGCUACUGUUGGUGUUCUGAUAACAAUGGAAAUCCUCUUCCAGGGACCACAGUGAGGGGUCAUCCCGACUGCAAAGUACCGAAAAAACUGACCAUUUGCCAGCAUCAUCUUCACCAGUUGAGUGCUUAUUCCGGUUUUACUCAAACUGGAGCCUAUGUUCCAGAAUGUAGAAGCGAAGAUGGACAUUUUAAAUCGCUUCAAUGUGACCGUUUUAGCUCAGUGUGUUUCUGUGUCGAGCAAUAUUAUGGCUACAUUUUGGCAGGAUCAGUUGGCGUUCAACAGCAAGAUUGCGCUAAACACGGAUCAAAACCACCACCAUUUGUACCAGGUUUCAAAGUGCUUCCUCAGCUAGUUGGUAAAGCCCCCUGCUCACGCGCUCGUAAGCAGGCAUUGGGUGCGCUUACCUUGUACGUUGUCGGGGUUUACGUUCCACAGUGCAAACCAGACGGUGGUUUUAAAACGAUACAAUGUAAUCCCUCCACGGAAUACUGCUGGUGUGUGGAUGAGGCGGGAAGGGAAAUGCCUCGCACCCGCGUCCGAGGGAAAGCAGCUUGUGAUAAAGCAAAUAUGACACGCUGUGAGAUGGACAGUCUACGUGCUCGUGGCUGGCAAAUAAAUGGAAAAUCUGCGGCAGUUUUUUCGCCGGAUUGUCGCCCAGAUGGUAGUUAUGUUCCUGAACAAUGUGACAAAUCCAAAGGUCAGUGCUGGUGUGUAGACAAAAAAGGAAACGAGCUUGUGGGAACAAGAGGUGAUGGAAGACGAACGUGCACAUCUCAAGCCGGAGAAACAAAAUGUCAAGAAGAUGGGAAACGAGCUUGUGAUAAAGACGGCGCCUAUGCGCCAAGACAGUGCGAUAAUAGCACUUGUUGGUGUGUAGACCGAGUGGGGAGAGAAAUACCCAGGACGAGAUCUGUGGACAACAAAGAAAAUCUCAAAUGUGAUGUAACAGCUGGAUUACCAAAAUGCCAAAAGGAACGACAACGGAGUUUGGGAUGGAAUGGAAAACCAGCUCCUGGUGUUUUUGUGCCUGAGUGCGACACAAGUGGAAAUUUUAAAGCUUCUCAAUGUCAUGAGGCAUCAGGAUUCUGCUGGUGUGUAGAUGCUGAGGGGAAUGAGAUUGCAAGGACCCGUGUAAGAGGACGGGCCAUUUGCAGGCCUUCAGUUACCAAGUCUCCAUGUCAAAGAGAGCGUCAAAGGUACCUCGGCUGGAAAGGCCAAGUGACAGGAUCUUAUCAACCAGCUUGUAACGAUGAUGGGCGUUACGAGCCUGUCCAGUGCAACGGUACCCACUGUUGGUGCGUAGACACUCAUGGAUAUGAGCUUCCGGGAACACUGCGUUUGAGCUUGGGGAUCAAUCCGCAGACCCCUGACUGCUCUAAAACACCAGUCUACUCAGCUAACAUAACAACCUGUCAGAGAUGGAGGAGCCGCAUACUUGACUUACCUGGUUUCCCAGUACCACCUGGUAUCUUCAUUCCUGACUGUGAACCAGAUGGCGGCUUUAGGCCAGUCCAAUGUUCUGGAAGCACGGGAUAUUGUUGGUGCGUCACCAAAGCUGGAUUUAUGAUUUGGAAAACCAGUACAAGAGGACGUCCCACUUGCGAUAAGAAGGGUCCAACCAAAUGUGUUAAAGAACAACAGUUGGUAAGAGCACUUAAGAGUCAAAACGGAAAUAGGAAAGGCUUUACCCUUCUUUGUAAUCUCGCCGGCGGAUAUGAAAGAAUGCAAUGUGAUGCUUCUGUUGGAGAAUGCUGGUGUGUUGACAAAAUGGGCAAAGAGGAACCACGAACACGUGUCAGGGGUAAAAAGCAAUAUUGCGAUGCGCCAGCUAAUUUGUCCCCAUGCCUGAGGGAGCUGCGAAGGGCUCUCGGCUACACAAAAGUGGUGAUUAAGGGUCGCUUUAAACCACGCUGUAAAACUGAUGGAUCGUACGAAAGGAUGCAAUGUCUGGAAACUGGAGCUGGUAAAGAAACAUGUUGGUGUGUGGAUAGUGAUGGCAAAGAGAUAAUUGGUUCACGUGUUUUGGGCAAGGCAUACUGUGAUCCCGAUACAGUGAUACCUACCAUGUGUCAGAAGGAACGCCGCCUUGCCCUGGGAUGGGACAACAAACCAAAGGAUGGUGUCUUUGUGCCAGAUUGCGAUUCAGAAGGAGCCUAUGAGCCAGUUCAGUGCUUGCUAUCAGAAGGCCCUUGCUGGUGUGUUAAUGAAGACGGGAAAGAAAUACCUGGGACACGAGCUGAAAACGGAAAGCCAGCCGAUUGCCCAGAUUUCGACUACCAAGGUGCGAAAAAACAAACUCGUUGUCUUCUGGACAGAGCACGAUCCCUUACAUUAAACGUCGCUCCUUCAAAUGGUAACUACAUACCCAAAUGCAAAGGUGACGGAAGUUAUGAUCCUGUACAAUGUCACGUGGCUUCAAAUCAAUGCUGGUGCGUGGAUAGGUAUGGCAACGAAAUCUUUGGCACGAGACAGACUAGUGGAACACCCGAUUGCAGCGAUAUCGAUUCCAAGUUAACGCUGUGCCAGAGGAAAAGAAUGGACAUCAUACAGGCUGUUAGUUCAUUUGGUCAUUAUGUCCCAACGUGCUCGAAGGACAAUUCUUACGAAAAUGUCCAGUGCCAUCCUUCCACUGGAUACUGUUGGUGUGUUGACCAGAACGGAAAUGAGUGGCGUGGAACAAGGGGAAAGGGAAGACCUCUUUGUGAUCAUACUGCUGGUUUGACGCCUUGUUUUAAGGACCGUUACGACGCCCUUGGCUUAGAUAGAGUUCCUCCUGUUGGUCGUUUCAUACCCGAAUGUACCCGAUCAGGCGAAUACAAAAGACUCCAAUGCAGUGCUUCAACUGGCUAUUGCUGGUGCGUAGACAAAAACGGACAAGAAAUAAGAGGAACACGUAAGAGAGGAAAUCCGCCUCAAUGCUUGAAAGAUGGCCAACUACCCAGAUGUCUCCGUGAACGUCAGUUCGCCUUGGGCUGGCAUGAUGUUGUUGUCCCUGGAUUGUUCAUCCCGGAAUGCACUACCGACGGAAAAUAUGAACAGAUCCAGUGUAACCCUUCUUCUGGAUUCUGUUGGUGCAGUGACAGCGAGGGUCGUGCUUAUACUGGUACGAAAGUUCGUGGAAAACCCGACUGCUCCAAUUUACAAGAUGACGUGAGCGAUUGCAUUAAAGAUCAAGUUCAAGCUAGUGUAUGGUCGGCAGAUUUCGCCAUCGUUUUCUCUCCUGAAUGCAAUAAGGAUGGCAGUUUCAAAACUGUUCAGUGCCAAAAGUCCACUGGAUACUGCUGGUGUGUCGACCGCAGAGGAAAUGAACUCUGGGGAACGAGGAUCAAAGGGCAACCGGACUGUAGCAAAAUCAGUGGAAAGAAAACAACUUGCGAAAUGGAAAGUAGUGAGGGUUCACAAGUUCAGCAGACUCGUUUCCAGUUCACUCGCUUCAUCCCCCUAUGUGAUAGAUAUGGUGGCUACCGAAAUGUCCAGUGUGGACCUCUCGGGGAAUGUUGGUGCGUGGAUCGUUACGGUAAUGAGUUGCCAAGAACAAAAAUCAAAGGAGUACCUCACUGCGGACAAGAUGCUGGACUUAAGCGUUGUCAGAAGGAAAGGCUUGCAGCAUUAGCGCUUAGAGGAACAGUCCCGCCUAAUGCAUUUGUACCACACUGUAAAAACGAUGGUGAGUUCAAACCGGUCCAAUGUGCACCAACUGGAGAUGAGUGCUGGUGUGUAGAUCGCAAUGGCAGACCUAUUCCAAGGACGAUGUCAACCGGCCAAUUGAGCUGUGCUGACCCAGCUAAUCUAACCGACUGUCAGCUUGAUAGACUACAUGCAGCUGGCAGACCUGGUCAAUUUCAACCUGAGUGCACUAACGAUGGACAGUACAAACCUGUGCAGUGCGAAAAUGGCAUUUGUUGGUGUGUGGAUCGCUUUGGUAAUGAAAUUUAUGGAACAAAGACUUACGGAGCACCACAAUCUAAGUGUCCAGACAGAUCAACGCCAGGUGUUAAAACUACCUGCCAGAAGGAGAGACAAAUACGACAACUCCAACCAGUGGUUUCAAUGAAGAUGCCUCUUCAGUUCCUUAGACCAAGUGGCCCGUGGUGGUCUAUGGUGAGAUGCGAUGAUAAUGGGGGUUACCGCCCUGUUCAAUGUCAUCGAGGGACUCCAGUGUGUUGGUGUGUGGAUAGGUAUGGACGGGAGAUACCCAGGACUAGACUAUCGGGAACCCCUACAUGUGAACCAACUGCUGGACUCACAAUGUGUCAAAAAGAACGUCAAGCAGCCCUGGGUUGGAGAGGAAUUCCAGCAGUUGGAAAAUUCGUUCCAUUGUGUCGACCAGGUGGAGAAUACCAGGAUGUUCAAUGCAGCCCAUCAACUGGUUUCUGUUGGUGCGUUGACAAGAAUGGAAUCGAGAAACAGGGUACUAGAACUCGUGGUGCACCAAGUUGCGGGCUAAUGGCUCACUUGACAAAGUGUCAGAAAGAACGAAGAACAGCAUUAGGUCCAGUGGGAAAUGCACCGCCUGGACGAUUUGCCCCAGAAUGUGACAGCAAGGGCCAGUACAUCAGAGCACAGUGCUACACUGCAACUGGCUACUGUUGGUGUGUAGACUCGCUUGGCCGAGAAUUACCUGGAACAAGGAAAAAGGGAAGAGUCAACUGCCCAGACAAAGAUCGCAAGAAUUGCAAUUACGAAACAAAAAGGCUGGUUACAUCUGGGAUAUCAGACAAACCAUUGCCUGAGUGCGAUCGUCAAGGAAAUUAUAAGAAAGUGCAAUGCAGCUACGUUUGGGAGUUAAAUGAAUGUUGGUGUGCUGACAGCAAAGGAAAUGCUUAUUGGAAUACUUCUGUGAUGAACGGCGUUCCUGACUGUUCCGAAGGAGUGCUGAACAAACUCCCAACCGAAUGCCAAAAGAGACGAGACGAUGCCCUUAACUUCCGUACAGUGGAUAUCGAUAUCAACAGAGAUGUUCCUCAGUGCAAACCAGAUGGUAGUUACGAUGAUGUUCAGUGUUCAGCGACCACGGGACGAUGUUGGUGUGUGUACUAUAACGAUAUGCCAAUCCCGGGUACUGAAACUGAUGCCAAACCAUACUGUCCACCAACGGCUGGGUUAACACCGUGCUUAGCAGAACGUAUAAAUGCAGAAGGUUACACUGGUUCAACUCUUCCCGGUCGUUAUUCACCUGACUGUGACAGAGAUGGUAAUUACAAACCCUUGCAAUGUCAUUUUGCCAGUGCCGUCUGUUGGUGCGUCGAUAGCCAGGGUCAAGAAAUACCAGGUACCAGAGGAAAGGGAAGAAAACAAUGUCCAAUACCAGGCGUGCAACAAACAAAAUGUCAAGAUCAAAGAGAACGAGCCCUCCAAAACGGAGUCAUUGGAAGUUUUAUUCCAAAGUGCACAGAGGAUGGAAGUUUUGAAAAGAUUCAGUGUCACGGCUCGGUGUGUUACUGUGUCGACAAGGAUGGUAAUGAGAUCUCUGGAACCAAAACAAGUCUCCCUGAUACUCCUAAUUGCCUUGUUCCAAAACCAACAGACGAAGAUCCAACGAAAAGUUCAUGUGAGGAAAAGUACCGCCAAGCUAUGGAGAAUUACAAUAUUGGCACGUUUGUGCCACACUGCAAACCGGAUGGUCGGUAUGAAGAGGUGCAGUGUGGAGCUGGAUGGGACUAUUGUUGGUGUGUCGAUUCAAUCGGCAGAGAAAUCUCUGGAACAAGAAGAAAGGGGUGGCCUCAAUGUGCACCUUCAACUGGAGUAGAUGUUGCAUUUGUCAUCGACUAUGCCACAACCCCAGACACUAUAGCAAAGUUGUCCACCUUUGUGUCAUCUGUCAUCGAUGGACUGGAUGUUUCCCCAACUGGAGCUAACGUGGCUCUUAUCACUUACGGAAACAAUGCAACAAUAGUUUUCUCAUUCAACGCUCUGCAGGGAAAACAGGUGAAUAGGGAUGAAGUGAAAAUACUGGUGGACACUGCAACUCAGAUGACGCGCAGCGCUCGGAUAGACAGAGCCUUAGAACUGGCCGACAAGCAGUUGUUUACUACAGAGGCAGGCUCAAGACCAGGAGUACCGAAGUUCUUGAUUUUGGUGUCGCUGAAUACAACGGAAGACCCUGAUCAAACGCCGCUCAUCAAAGCAUCACAAGGAGUCAAGAGUAGGGGUAUUCGAGUUUUCUCAAUCGGAAUCAAGCCCUAUGUCAAUCAACGCGAUUUGGAGGAUACCACAAUCAAGCCAUCUGAUGUCUACAUCAUUCCUUUGGAUGAGUUACCAAGUACAGGGAGGAGAGUAGCUGACACCAUCAACGGAUUCGUGGAUGAUCCUGGUCGUCAAACUGACAUGACAGCUGCCGCUGAUAUUGGAAUUUUAAUUGCUUCCUCUCCACAAACAACGCCAACCAAGUGGUCAUCAAUUCUUGAUGACGUAAACUCUAUGGUGGAUUCAUUUACGGUAUCGCCACGUGGGACUCACCUCUCCGUUGCCACAGCGGCCAAGGUCCCCAAGGUGGCUUUAAGAUUUAACACCCUAAAGGGCUCAGACUACAAUUUGAACGAGGUAAAAAGACGCAUAUCGCAAAUCCCGUAUGAAGAAGUUAAUGACACACGCAUUGACCUUGGACUUCAGGAGACAGCUGAUGUAAUGUUUACUGAGCAAAGUGGAAUGAGGAGUGAAGCUUCAAAGUUCUUGGUGGUGAUCUCGGAUGGAGAGCAGUCAAAGGAUCCCCAAGCAAUUCCCUUAGCUAGUGCGGCUCAAAAGGUAAAAGAUAAAGAUGUGGAGGUGUUUGCAUUCUCAACAAAACCCAGACAAGACACCAAUGCGGAUGACCUGCUCACAAUAGCAUCUGGAAAUGAUAAUGUUUAUUUCGUUGCACCUGAUGAUCCAGCGCCUGCUAUUACCACCAAGAUAACGCAAAAGGUUAAAAGCCGUGUGAGAGAGCGUAACUAUCCCGUAGACAUCGCCUUUCUGAUUGGAUCAUCACGUACAACAACACAAGCUCAUUGGAGAACUACUCUUGAUUUUGUUAAAUCAAUUGCUGACCGAUUUCCCGUGUCUGAAUGGGGAACCCGUAUGGCACUGAUAUCUUUUGACACUUCACCUAGAGUCGAAUUCUCAUUCAGAGAGCUAACUGGUCCACAGCUGAAUAACUACGAGGUACGCAGGUUGAUUGACAGAGCUGAAUACAAAAAUGGGCCCACAAGGAUUGACCGCGCCCUGAAGCUUGCAAACACUUAUCUUUUUACUCAGGCGGGAGGAUCAAGAAGAAAUGCAAUGAAGAUCUUGUUCUUGAUAACAGACUCCGGACAAGCCCCAGACCAACGACCCUCCACACGUCUUAAUCAGGUCUCACUUCCUCUAAAAGACAAAGGGGUGUCGAUCUAUGCUCUUGGUAUAGGAGACGGGGUUCCCGAAAAAGACUUGAGUGACGUUGUAUCACGACCACAAAAUGUUUUUAGACCAGUUAACUCUGCAAACGACCUCCCACAGAGAAGGGGAACCGUAGUGGAUGCGUGGAAUACGUACCUAAGAGAUCGCUGGGUUGGUGUAGACAUUGGCUUUGUUGUAGAAGCUUCCGACAAUGUGACGCCUCAAAUGUGGAGAUACUUCAAGGACCUAGUAAAGAGAACGGUUGACCGCUAUCACGUUGCACCAAGAGCUGCAAACAUUGGAAUGAUUGCUUAUGGCAACACUGCCUACGAAUGGUUUAACUUCAACACUCUACCUGACGAAAUAUUAAACAACUAUGAAGUGAAACGUCUUGUGGACGGAGCCACUUUACGCGGAGGAACACCCAGAAUUGACCGCGGUCUUCAGAUGGCUGAGACCUCAUUGUUUACCGAAGCAAAAGGAAUGAGGAGAUGGGUUCCAAAGUUCCUCUUUGUGAUAACAGCGAGUAUACAGUCAAGGUAUCCGGACAGGUAUACACCCCUAGCAACUGCAUCUCAAGGACUAAAGGACAGAGGAGUGCGAGUGUACGUCCUGGGUGUAGAACCCAAUGUUGACGACCAGGAGCAGAUUGACAUCGCGUCACGACCUCAAAAUGUUUAUAGAGCUCCGCUAGACCGUUUGCCAAGCUUUGGACCAAGACUUUGGAAUAAUUGGAGAGAAUACAUACGCAACAGAGGUCUCUAUCCUGCGGCAGACGUAGCUUUUCUUCUCGGCUCGUCGCCUCGAACAACACCCCAGACGUGGAACGCAUUCCAGACCUUUGCAAAGACGGUAGUAGACGUUCUUGGCGCAUCACCAGACGGUAUCCAUUACAGCGCCAUUGCGUUUAACUCAGAACCCCGGGUAACUUUCCGAUUCAAUACAAUACAAAGACCUCAAUACACACGGGAUAACGUUAAACGCCUUAUCGAUGACAUGCGGUACACAAGAGGGAAUACGCGCAUCGACAAAGCCAUGGCUCUGGCUAAUACUGUUCUAUUCACCUCUCAGUCCGGCAUGAGAAGAGAUGUGCCACGGAUGAUAAUCGUCUUGGUUGAUGGGCCACAAGAUAGAGAUGUGAUCUCAUAUACUCCUUUGAUCAGAGCAUCUCAGCCACUGAGAGACAGAGAUAUUUUCAUUUACGCAGUCGGAGUACGACCUUACAGUCCCGAGAAAGAGCUGAAAGACCUAACCUCUGAUUGGUCGAGGGUCUUUUUCUACUCAAUAGACGAGCUUCCCAGACGUACUCCGCAAGUUUUGAAUGGGUUUUACGAUUACUGGCGAAAUAGACUGCGUCCAAGAGAUCCAACGGACACCAAAUGUAGGCAGCAGUAUCGCACAGCAUUGACAAACUAUGUAGUUGGACGGUAUGUGCCACGUUGCAGACCAGAUGGUUCUUACGAGCCUCUUCAGUGUCAGAGCUCCGUCUGCUUCUGUGUUGAUCGAUAUGGAAGAGAAAUUCCCGGAAGCCGAAAAUCUGCGUAUAGUCCUCCGAACUGCGUGAAAUUUGUCAAUCCACCAACUGAAUGCCAGCAAAAAUACAAGAAAGCCGUGGCUCAACGUCUGUAUGCUAAAGGCGCAUAUAUACCACGAUGCCUGCCAGAUGGAACAUACGAUGAAGUGCAGUGCGGAGGUGGUUACUGCUGGUGUUUGAGUAAGUCUGGAUCAGCUGUGGACGCUACCAGAGGAUGGCCAUCAUGCGCAAUUGGAGGUAAACCACAGACACCCUGUCAGAGGCAAUACCAGAAAGCUCAUACAUUCCCCUACAGUGGAACCUACGUCCCUCACUGUACGCCUGAUGGCAAGUACUUCCCUGUGCAGUGCGAAGGAUCUGUAUGUUUCUGUGUAGAUGACCAGGGAACGGAACUCAAGAAAACAGCUAAACUGCUACCAUCGUAUCCAUCGUGUGAUGCAACGCCAGACCUUCCUCUGUCACCUUGUGAGCGGGAGAGAAAAUCAGCUACUGACAAACAUGUGGUUGGCCGAUGGGUACCACAGUGCCAAGAAGAUGGUUCCUAUUACCCCGUGCAGUGUACCACAGGUUAUGAUUGCUGGUGUGUCGAUGAUAAUGGUCGAGAAAUUCAAGGGUCUAGAAGAAGAGGUUGGCCAGACUGUGAUCAACCUGAAAAGAGACAACCUAAAUGUCGACGACACUUCAAAGCAGCUUUACUCCGCCUCCUCCCGGGAAGAUUUGUCCCUCGUUGCAAAGCAGAUGGCAGCUAUGAUCCCACUCAGUGCGCAGGCUCUGUAUGCCUUUGUGUGGAUAGCCGUGGUAUAGCAAUCCCAGGAACAUCAAAAGCACGUUUCAAACAACAAAACUGCGAAUCUCAAGGAUGGAGAUUGACAACAUGCCAGCGACACUUCCAACAAGCCUCUCGCUCUUCUUCUGUCUAUACUCCGAAAUGCCGUCCCGAUGGUCGUUACAAAGAUGUUCAAUGUUAUGGAAGUACAUGCUUCUGUGUUGGCAGAAAUGGUUUGGAUUUAGGUCUCAACAGAACUUUGUUACCUCAGCUUCCAACCUGUCCACUCACUCCUGAUUCAGAUCCUCCAAGCAGACCCCAAACACCUUGUGAAAGACGACGAAAUGCGGCCCUGCGCUCGCCAGAUACAUUUGCACCUUUUUGUACACCGGACGGAUCGUUUGAUCCAGUUCAGUGCAGAGGAUUGAUGUGUUACUGCGUGGAUAGGGACGGAAAGACCAUAGAAGGAACAGAUAUUCCCCGCCCUUAUCGACCGGAGUGUUAUGGUCCCAAGCCUAGUAAAUGCCAGGAAGCGUACCUUUCUGCACUGAGACGCUACCUGCCUGGCCGUUUCCUUCCUCGUUGCACGAGCGAUGGAAAAUUUGAGCCUGUACAGCUGUUCGGACCAGAUGCUUAUUGCGUGAAUGCAGAAGGCAAUGAAAUACCUGGAACCAGAGUAAUUAGACCAUUUAAACCUAACUGUUUUUCCGAUAAGCCUGGUCGAUGUCCAGCGCCAUGGCUGGGCCUUGAUGGUAAAUGUGACAAAAUGGGUGACCUUUGCCGAAGAGACAAUGGAUGCCCAGAUGACCAGAAAUGCUGUUUCAAUGGCUGCCAAAAUGAAUGUGUCGCUAAAGACCCCAACGAAAAAUACGGUGGCAUUUGCCCAAUACCAAUGGAUGUCACGUUCAUCAUUGACUCGUCUGGAAGUUUGGGCCGCAGAAACUGGCUCCUAUUGCUCAGUUUUGUUCAAUCAAUAGUUCGUCUCUUUGGUGUGUCAUCAUCUGGAACUCAUGUUGCCCUUAUCCCAUUCAGUACUGACGCGAGAGUGGUUCUUAAGUUCAACACAUUAACUGGCUCCCUUCUCAGUGUCGCAGAGGUGAACAGACAAGUUGCUGGCCUUCGUUGGCAGAGAGGUUUCACUCGCAUUGAUAAAGCAAUGGAACUGGCGGAUAAAGAAGUGUUAACAUACGCGGCGGGCAUGCGGAAUGUUCCAAGGCCUGUUCUAGUAAUGACGGAUGGAAAGCAGACGACCGACAGAGGAUCGUAGACUCCACUUGAAGUUGUCUCGUCACGCCUUAUGAACAA